AUGACUAAAGGCAACGGAGAAGAUCCAAAAACUGGAAGUAGGAUGGAACGCAUUCAACAAGGAGUCCGGAAACGUACACUGUUGGCGAAAAAAAAAGUGCAGAGCAUUACAAAGGAUGAUGUUAAAAGUUAUUUAUUGAGGAAUGCCUUUGUGCUCUUCACCGUUGUUGCUGUGAUUCUUGGUGUAAUCAUUGGAUUUUCUCUCCGAUCAUAUAAGAUGAGCUAUCGGGAAGUCAAAUACUUUUCAUUUCCAGGAGAACUACUCAUGAGAAUGCUGCAAAUGCUGGUCCUGCCACUAAUUGUAUCCAGUUUAGUCACAGGAAUUGCUGCCCUGGAUAGUAAAGCAUCAGGGAAGAUGGGAGUCCGAGCAGUAGUCUACUACAUGAGUACUACGAUCAUUGCUGUGCUGAUUGGUAUAAUCAUUGUGGUCAUCAUCCACCCUGGGAAAGGUACUAAGGAAAACAUGCACAGAGAAGGCAAAAUUGUGCAAGUGACAGCAGCAGAUGCCUUUCUUGAUCUAAUCAGAAAUAUGUUCCCUCCAAAUCUGGUGGAAGCUUGCUUUAAACAGUUCAAAACUAACUAUGAAAAGAGAAUGUUUAAAGUAGAUAUUCCAUCCAAUGACACAUCCACAGUGGCUGCUAUAAUAAGCAAUGUGUCAGAAGCAAUGGAAACCCUCACUCGAAUGAAAGAGGAAAUAGUUCCUGUUCCAGGUUCUGUAAAUGGAGUGAAUGCCCUUGGCCUGGUGGUUUUCUCAAUAAGCUUUGGACUGGUGAUUGGAAGCAUGAAGGAACAAGGUCAGGCAUUAAAAGACUUCUUUGAUAGCCUUAAUGAGGCUAUCAUGAGAUUGGUAGCUCUAAUCAUGUGGUAUGCUCCACUUGGAAUUCUCUUCCUGAUUGCUGGAAAAAUUGUUGAGAUGGAAGAUAUGGGUGUGAUCGGUGGUCAGCUUGCCAUGUAUACUGUAACAGUUAUCAUCGGUUUGCUAAUUCAUGCUGUCAUUGUCCUACCUCUUCUCUACUUCCUGAUCACUCGUAAGAACCCUUGGGUAUUUAUUGGAGGCUUAAUCCAGGCAUUAGUCACUGCUUUGGGAACAUCUUCCAGUUCUGCAACACUACCUGUUACAUUUAAGUGUCUAGAAGAAAUAAAUGGAGUAGACAAACGAGUUACAAGAUUUGUACUCCCAGUUGGUGCUACAAUUAAUAUGGAUGGAACUGCUUUAUACGAGGCUUUGGCUGCAAUUUUCAUUGCACAGGUUAACAACUUUGAACUGAACUUUGGACAGAUUAUCACAAUCAGCAUCACAGCUACAGCUGCCAGCAUUGGGGCUGCAGGCAUUCCUCAAGCUGGACUUGUCACCAUGGUCAUUGUGCUUACAUCAGUAGGUUUGCCUACAGAUGACAUCACUCUUAUCAUCGCAGUGGACUGGUUCUUGGAUCGCCUCCGUACCACUACCAACGUCUUGGGAGACUCCAUUGGAGCAGGAAUUGUUGAACAUUUAUCACGACAUGAGCUGAAGAACAGGGAUGCUGAAAUGGGUAAUUCUGUGAUAGAGGAGAAUGAAAUGAAGAAACCAUACCAACUGAUCUCACAAGAAAAUGAGAGUGAGAAACCAUUAGACAGUGAAACCAAGAUGUAGGGUAAAGAAAGCAUGAGUCCAGUACUGCAGGUGUGGAAAAUACUUUUUCCAGCCAUUUAUAUCUCGAGUUCACGAAGUUCACUUAUUCUUUGUUUUCUCCCUUUAUGCUAGCACUGGAAAGAAUUAAUGAAAAUACAUUCCAAAUCAGCAGUGAUCAUGGUAUAUGUUGGGUUCCCACUUAAAAAAAAAUCAACAGGCAACAACACUGGUCCUGCUAGACAAGUGCUAACUGAGGAUAAGAAAAGAGAGAUUGUUAGUUAAACAAAAACAAAAAUCAGAGUAGAUGUUACUCAGUCCCAUGAACCUUUUUUUUUUAAUGAACUGGAACAAAAAAACAGAUCACAGAGCCUGAAAAUGCUUAUAUUUUUUUAAAUACCUGUUUCUAACAUCUAUAAACAGGCAAUCAACACUUCUAACUUGG